GCAAGUCUGCUCUUUCCUUUACUAACAUGACUCGACGCUGCCUUUGUUAUCCUCUGCCCACUCACUCCUAGCGUGCCUGCCGUGUGAGCCAGAGUCCAAGUGACUCUCCACGACUAUCUUCCACGCACCUCCUCCUCACCUCGCCUUCGACUGAUACACCCAAUUACUCUGUCGCAUCUUUUAUGAAUACCGUUACGAGUUGCUAUUGCAUUUGUUUACCUCAGCAUGUCUACUCCCUACAGACCAGACAGUAGCAAAGCUCUCAACACCGGGCCAUCGUGUCGGGUACUGCAGCAGCUUCUAGAAGAAAUCAACCGAGGGACAUCUCCUCGAGAAGUCAGCAGCAAGAGGGCUUCGCGAAGCUUAACACAGACCAGAUCUCGGUCAUCUUCUCAGCUCCAGUCGUCUUCUGUUUGGAUCGGUGGAUCCGCGCUCGCCCUAGAUGCCCGGGAAAAGCUUCGAGCCGCCGAUGAAGCACGCCGGCAGAUGACAGCAGCGAAUACCAUUGACGGCAGUCCCGACUGCUCAACGCCUACGCAACGAUUGGAUACCUCGAGGUCCGAGCUGCAUAUUUCAACAGCUGCGGAGCACAAAGAACGGCGUGGUGCUGAACUUCACCAAUCACUCGACCCGGUCGGCCAGCCUCAUAACUAUGCCCAGCACAUGAUGGAGAGCAGUCCGCUAUCGACGCCUGCUGAAGUUCUGCCAGCUAUGCAACGCCACAACAACACUCCGUCACAUCCGCAAGCAGCUCCCUUCGGCAGCUUCAAUCAUGAGCCCUUGUCGCCACUCAUAUUCAGUGGUGUUUUCCUUGAUGACUCGUCCUCAAUGUCAUCGCUGACCGAGGAAACUGCUUCACCAACCGAGGCGCCUACCUCAGCUGCAACCGUGUAUACUGCUGAUUUGUCGCACACCCCCGAGGAUGUUCGCACAUGCAAACGAGUGCACUCUCUCGAUGAUAUAGCGCCCGAAGGUUCCAUUCACAAGAGGCGAACAGUAACCCUACCCGAAAUCGGAGGCGCAGGGUAUUUUGAUGUGAAAGUCGAGGCGCCUCGUGCGUUCCCUGUUGUGGGUGGAGACAGUCAAUGUCUGCUCUGGGGUGAGGCCUUUGUCGAGCGUGCAUGUACGGCAAGUGUGUUGGAUAUGCCCACGAAUGAUGCACCUCCGGAGCUGUCAUCUUUCCGGCCAAUUGACGCGGGUCCACAGCGCCAGUCAAGACUGGGAACCCCAAUACCUAAUCUAACGCGUGCAUCAACCGGUCCAGUUCGUGACACUCCCGCAUGGAUGCGACCGUUACAUCUCAUCGACACCGGCGGUAGGUCUAUCUACAAGAAUGUGCACGACGACGGGCCAAUCCGCCACGCUCUGUGUCUCUGGUGCUUCAGGACCCACGGCGAUUUCCACAAAGUGCACAGGUACGGCUAUGAGUCGUGCGGGCGCGCUGAAGUGCUUGACAGCCACUAUUGGGAGGACGACACAUGGCCCGAUUCUUCAGACGAUGAAUCGCCUUCGUCACACUGA